CUGUGCCUUACAUUAAUUUUAAUAUAUUUGAGGACGUAAUAAGUAGACAUAGAUACAAGAAAAAAAGUAGGGAAAUCUCUGUUUUGAUUUGUCUACAUGUGUUUUAAAUCAUCUGAUGUUUAAAUUAUUAUGAAUGUGACACUUGAAAUGACAUCUUUUGCCUGGAGGGCAACGGUGUUUACUAUUUUUGCCUGAAUUAGCCGAGUAUUUCCAACACUUCCUUAUAGCAUUUAAUUUUGUACUAGAGUUAAUUGUUUCUUAAUAUCAGCUGUGUUUGUCAGCAAGGUCAUUUAAAGGUCAAAGUGAAGGUCAAGGAAAGGUUAAUUGGAGUGUGUUAUGAGUAAACUUGACUGGUUCUGGAGACGUUUGAUAGUUACAAGCCUUUAUACUAAAGGAUGGGGGAAACCAGAGGAUAUGAAAAGAAUAUUCAACCUAAGGAAGAAAUUAGGUAACAGAGACGUAUGUCGACAUCUUGUACCACAAGAUUAUCCAGUAUACAUUGAUAAGGAAGUUAUAAAUGGAGACGUUCGUCUGCUGGAUGGACAUUUUAUGUCUCCACUGAAGGAGAUUCUUCCAGGAAUUGUGCCAAAAGAAACAGAAAUUGCAAGAUUUCAGAUGGUAUUACCUAAAGAAUGGAAGAGUCAUUUAAGACCAAUGUGUGUACAGAUGGGAGGAACUGGUGAUCAUGGAUUUGGUAGAAGAAGAGAAUUAAUGGCUAAACCACUGCUGCAAGAAGAAGGCAUUGCAUCUUUAAUACUGGAAAAUCCAUUCUAUGGUACCAGGAGGCCCAAAGCCCAAUUUCGUUCUAGUCUACAUGAAGUAAAUGAUUUGUUUAUAAUGGGAGGAUGUAUAAUACUGGAGUCUCUAGUAUUGUUUAAUUGGCUGGACAGACUAGGAUAUGGACCUCUUGGUGCUUCAGGGAUCUCCAUGGGUGGACAUAUGGCCUCUCUUGGAGUUACGAACUGGCACAAACCUAUUUCCCUUAUACCCUGUAUGUCAGGCAGUACGGCAGCAGGAGUUUUUACACAUGGAGUUCUAAGUAAAGCCAUCCCCUGGGAUCUAUUAAUAAAACAAUACGGGGCCGAUGAAGCGUAUGAAAGAGAGUUGAAAAAGUUGAUUGUCUCCCCUGAACCGUAUUGGAACACACCUGAUUCUAUGUACAGUGAAGGAAGGAAAUAUUUUCACGAGCUCGAAGACAGCUACGUCAAGAAUGCGAAGGAUAAUGGUGGCAAGUUAGACAUCUUCAAUAUAGAUAAUUACCGUCUGCCAGAGUCAAAGGACCUGGACAAACAAAAUAAAUCAGGGACACAGUCUACUACUUUAAGUGAUUCAAUAGCUACUCAGUCAACACCAAGUCUUAAUAACUCAGGGGAAAACCAGUCAUCACACCUGUCAGAAAAUACAAACACAAACCAGCCUGAAUGCGAAAAACCAUUGGAAAACCAGUCUGCUGAUACAGAAAAUUCAUCAAACCAGUCAAGUUCUAAUAUUUUAAGGUGGCUGGAGGGCAUUAGAAAUAAACUACCAGGGUUGCCAGGACUUCCUUCGUGGUUCAAGUCCAGUGCGGCAGAUAAAAUUGUGGAACAGCAGCUCGCUCAGGAUUGCAGGCAUUUUAUGAAGGGAGUGAUGGACGAAUGUACACAUCUGGAUAAUUUUUCUGUUCCAUUAGAUACGGAACUGAUUAUAAUUGUGACAGCAGAGAACGACGAAUAUAUCCCGGUGGAAGGAUACCUGAAGCUCAGUGAAAUAUGGCCAGGAAGUCAAGUACGAACAUUACAACAUGGACAUAUAUCUGGUUUUAUCAUGGGCAGGAAAGAUUUCAGGAAAGCGAUUGCAGAUUCAUUUGAAAUGCAAAUACAAAAAAUAUUAUAAAGAUGAAAU